GCGCAAAUAAAAUUCAAAUCUUUCGAUCAAUUAAAAAUGAAAGAUAAAGGAGUUAAAUAAUUAUAUAUUGUCAAAUGAACUUUCGGUUUUUAUUUGCGUAAAGCAGAUAAUGGAUAAUGGACAUAAAAAAAGAUAUAAAUGUCAAAAAAUCAAAGUAUCUCGAGUGAGAGGUAUCUUCCCCUUGUAUCGUUUCCCUCCAAUAGGAAUCGUUUGUGCAGGCCCGUAGUUUACAAAGAAAUGAAUUUUGUCAAUAAGUUUCAUUAUAAUGUUGUAAACAUCAUUGUCCUUGGAAAACUCUAAACGUACCGUCUUUUUCGUUGUCGUGAUCGUUCAGGCAAAAUAUGUUUAUUAUAUGCACCAAGAUUGGCUUUAUAUAAAAAAAAAUUAAGUUUCUCUAUAUUCAAUGUGUCACGAUGAAACAUUCGAUUUCACGCGAUCAUAAAUUUAUGAGUCGCGGGAGUGUUGAAUUACUCGUUUAUUGAUCGCUGUCAGUGACAAUAAUCUAAGAAACUUGUGAGUGUUUCGUUGCCAAAUGUUAUCGUACUAUCCCAAACAUUAUGUACCUUUCUAUAUUAGAGUACGCUAUUGUGAUUUGUCGAGGAACCGAUAACCUAACAACUAUAUCGAAUGUUAGAAAAAUUUCGCAUAACAUUUCACACAUGAAAUUGUAACGACAUUUAAUGUUUGGCAGCUUAUUUCGAAUUUCGCGUCUGUGUUACAAAACAAAGUGUACACGUAUGUGACGCAAUGUUGUAAUUCAAAUAUUUACGGAAUUGUUACACGACGGGAGGAAUUAAUCGUACUUUACAGGAGAUUGCAAAAUUGUAUAUUUUUGUACAGUGAAAAUGGCCCAUGCCUCGCUACCGAAGCUUAUUUGCACUCCGAUAAAUACAUCAAGAAUGUGUCCAUCAGAUUUCACUGCUACUCUAUCUGAUGUGUUACAAUCGGAUCCAGUAAAAAGGUUACUCAAUCAACCAAAUAUUAUUGUUAAAAGGAUACCUUCAAAAAUAAAUGCAACAUCUGUCUCCAACGAUAAUGUUUUAACAAACAAAAUACAUAAUAUAGAUUCAAAUGUACAUAGAACAAAACAGUCAGAGUUGUCAGUAAUACCUUUACAGACAAAUCAAGAGGAAAAUAUAGAAGAUAAGAAUUUCUUACCUUCCAAGAAGCAUGGUAAAUCAGAAAUUACAUUAGUUCCUGUUACAAGAGAAAGAAAACCUUGUGGUCAUUGCGAACCUUGUGAAAAUAUUACAUGCGAUGUGGUAGUACAACAAUAUGUAGACCGUGAUGGAUCAUCACCUAUGUUAGCCAUUAACAUAGAGGAAAGUGAGAUAGAUGCACCUGUUUCAAGACAUUGUGAAAAUAAAAUGUGUGAUGCAUUAAGCAUUGAUCAUGAUCGUUGUCGCAGAGCUAUAAUUAGACUAAAUAGAUGUAAUCAAUCAAUAGCUUGUGAUAUUUGUGGUAUUAUGUUACAAACACAAAGAUCUCGUAUAUAUCACAAGAAUUGUAUAAGGAAAAAUGAAUACAGGCAUAAUGAAACAAGCAGUGCCAAAAUAUUAAAAGAAAGAAUGAGAGAACGAGAAAUUCAAAUAAUCGAAGCUUCUAAAAUGAAGAGAAAUGAUUAUACAGAUCCUAUUACAGGGUAUAGCCUUGCAAUGGAAACUUUAAAAAAUAACAAAGAAUUAAUUAUUAUUCCGAAAUCAGUUCCCUUACAGCAACAACAACCACCUCCUCCACAACCACCACCACCAUCACUACCACCACCACCACCACCACCACCACCACCACUACCACCAACAACAACAACAAUAACAACAACAGCAAUUACUAUAAAUUCUAUGUCCACAAAACAAUCUACUUCACAAAUAAAUAAUGUAAAUAAUGUUUUUGGAAAACUUUUAUCCAGUAUACCAAUUGUAUUACCACAACAAAGUAUAGUCCUUGGCAAAACACAGUGUUCUAAUGAAAAUAGUAUAUCUAAUCCCAUACAAUUAGCUGUAUCAGAAGCCUUAACUAGGUCAUUCGUAACAACAACCAGUACAGUUCCUUUACCUCAAAGUCAUUAUAUUACAUUUACAACACAAGCUAAUACACAUCCAAUACCAAUAAACGAAUUACUCUUACCACACUCACAAAUUGUCACAACACCCAUUCAGCCUAAACCAUUGUUAACACCUAUACGUGUUGUACCUAUAACUAACUUAAUAACAGAACCAUCCUUACUGCACCAAACACAGGGUAUACCAAAGUUUUGUAUCAUGCCAGAUGAUACAGCACCAUCAUUAACUAUAACGAAUUCUCAACCUAUUCAACAUUUAGCACUUGUGCCAAAAGUUGAAUUAUCAACUAAUUCAAAAACAGCAUCACGGAAAAAGAAAAAAAUAGUAAAAAAGAAACGAAAAAAGAAAGUUUUCAAAUGUGACUAUUGCCUUAAAAACUUCAGUACAGAUUGGUAUUUCAAAAUGCAUGUUGCUAUGCAUACAGGUGAAAACCGGUUCACCUGCAAAAUAUGUAAACGAUUAUUUAGUAAUCGAUACGAUAUGAAGAAACAUAUAUCCAAUGAUCACAAGAGUGAAAGCAUUAGUCCUAGUAUAUGUAAUCAGCAAAUUACUGAAGAUUCACAGACAAGCAACCUUGACAUACAGCAAGAAGUAAGAAAAGAAGAUAAAACAAAUGGAUACAUUAUUAUGCCUACUCAAGAUAUUGUCAAAAAUAUCAAAACAGAAUUACGUCAUGAAGUAUAAAUCAUUCCAGAUUAGCAACUCAUUGAAACAAAGAAACAAUUGUCUAGAUUAAAAAUACGUCUGUUAUAAAUUUCGAG